AUGUCGUCGAGUAAGAUCAGCAAAGUUGCCAUCGUUGGUGCAGGCGGCAACGUCGGCUCCUUCAUCGCCUCAGCUCUCUUAAAAACCGGAAAACAUACCAUCACGGCAAUCACACGAACAGACUCCCAGUCCAAGCUCCCCAAUGGCGUAUCCGUCGCUCAAGUCGACUACUCCUCCCACUCUUCCCUCGUCUACGCACUCAAAGGUCACGAUGCCCUUGUCAUCACCCUAAGCGGUCAUGCAGCAAUUCAAGAGAUCGAGGAGAAACUGGUGAGAGCGGCCGGUGAGGCAGGAGUUCCGUGGAUCCUGCCGAAUGAGUGGUCGCCGGACACUGCACACGAGGAGCUUGUGAGGGAUGUCCCGAUGUUUCAACCAAAAGUUGCGACACGAAAAACCAUCGAGAAGCUGGGCCAGAGCUCUUUCAUAUCUGUUGUGACAGGAUUCUGGUACGAGUACACGCUGGCGAAUCCGGGCGCUUAUGGUUUCGAUCUGAAUAAUCAAGCUGUUACGCUGUUUGAUGAGGGGAAGACAAAGGUUUCUACCUCGACGUGGCCUCAGAUCGGUCGCGCUGUCGCCGCAUUGCUCAGCUUGCCCAUUGAGUCAGAGACUGAGGCAUGCCUUGACAACUUCAGGAACAAAGUGGUAUACGUCAGCUCUUUCUCGGUGGACCAGGAAGAUAUGUUCGCCUCGGUUUUGCGAGUGACUGGUAGCAAGCGAGACGGGUGGACGGUAACGAAUGAGGACGCUCAAGGCAGGUUCGAUACAGGUUUCAAGGAGAUGAAGGAGGGAAAGUGGUCCGGCUUUGGUAAGGUGAUGUACACCCGAGUCUUCUUCCCUGAUGGCUGUGGUGAUUUUGAGCAUGGGAAGGGCACAUUGAAUAGGCUGCUGGGGCUGCCACAGGAAGACAUUGAUGAGGCUACAAAGAUCGCUGUUGAGCGCGCGAAGAGUCCAAAGACUCACUAA